AGGGAAUAUAACCAUUCAUAAAAUAAGACAACAGACAGGCUCACCGUCACGAUAUAAGUCAAAUAUAUGAAAUAUUUCUUCAGCACUGAAAAUAAGAUUGCCACAAAUGCUAAGGCAACUCAAGUUCAUCAAAAACAUUUUGCUUAGAAUUUUUGUUAUAAUUUAGUGAACUACCAGUUUCUAUGACCUCAGGGUUAAUCAUAAUUUCAAUUUUAAUGCCUAUUUCUAAUGAUCCUUAUUACUGUCACGAACAAAUCCCCAUACCUCCUGCUCUACCAGAUAUUUUGAAACAAUUUACGAAGGCAGCCAUUCGGACACAACCAAAAGAUGUCCUUAAGUGGUCUUACGCGUAUUUCAAAGCAAUGGCACAAAGCGAAGUGCCACCCGUUAAAGAACGUCUAGAAGUUCCCAUUAGUACACAAAAGACAGACACAGGCCUUACGCCAGGCACACUCAGAAUUUUAAAUAAUCAGCUAGCUUCCAUGAAAAUAGUUCCGCUACCUGUUGUCGAAGAAAAGUGGAGGGAUUUAUCACUACCCGUUGAGCGAUUCCAGGAAAUAUGUCGUAUUGGCAAUUUUGUAAAUUCCUGCGAAUGGCGAUGGUUCUUGGCUAUUGCUGCAUCUGAUUUAUGUGCCACAUUAUCAGAAACCUUGAAAUUGAUAUGUGAACUUUUAACAGCUGAUCCUGAAGGUGGAGCUGCUAGACUACCAUUUGAACAAUGGUUAGAAUUCUAUCGUUAUCUGGCUAAAAUUGACGAUAUACCAGAAGGACACAUAAAUCAAGUGUUAGCCUAUUUAAGUUUUGAUGUGGCAAAUCAAAAUGGAUCAAUUGCACCACGUAAUUUUAUGCAUAAAAAUUGUCCAAAAUUGAAUCCAAGAGAAGAGUCAUCCUCACUUGUUUACCUUGAAGAAACAAAUGAAAACUAACAGAUUGAAUCUAACUAAAACUUAUUUUUUGAUGACUGAUUUAAACAAAAUAAGUAUUGAUAAGUUGAAUGGAAAUAUGUAAACAAAAAGAGAGAGAGAGAGAGAAAUGAAUGAAGUAUUUAAUUCACAUAUACACACAAACACACUUAUUUUCACUUUCAGUUGUUUGUUACGUUUGCCAUACUGAGUUUCACGGGUACAUGCCAUUCAGUUUAAACGUCUAUAUAUAAAAGAUUAUUGCGUUUCA